CUCCACAGUACUGUUUCCGACGGUUGUGCGAUCAAAAUCAGGAACGUAGCGGAAGCAAGGUUUUGUUCAAACAAAUGCCUUGCUCAGUACGCAGCAGAUCAUUUGUGAACUUAAUUUAGUACAAGACGCAUAAUUUGAUAGUAACAUUAAGUAUUAUUGUUUUAAAAAAUGGACUUACUUGGUUCAAUAUUAAAUUCAAUGGAUAAACCUCCAUCCUUUAGCGAUAAACAAAGGAGUUUGAUGAAAAAACAUAAAGAAGAGAUUCUUAAAAAACAGAGGGAACAAAAGGAGAAGCUUAAAAGGUUCAGAGAGAAAAUUGAAGAAAAUAUCAACAAGUUCCUACAAGAUGAAUCACUACAGAAGCAGAAGUUUGACCCUAUGGAACAAGUCUACAGAAGUAUUGUACAUGAUGUGGCAGAAGUAGCAGGAAUCCCAGCAUUUUCAAUAGGUGAGGAAGGAGUGGACCGACAUGUGAUGAUCUUUAAGCGGGAGUUUGCCCCAAGUGAUGAUGAAUUAGCAGCACUGAGACGUGGGGAGGAGUGGGACCCAGAAAAGGCAAAGAAGUUGGCUGAACAGCGAGAGCAGGAAAGGAAGGAAGAAAAGGAAAGAGCACUAAAGAAACCGGAAGACUUUAUUCCCAAUUCCAACUACAGAGAGAAAUAUGAACAUCUGAUUGGUCGAGGGGCAGCAAAGGAAGCAGCUAGAAAAACAGAGACUAAUAAACAAUAUGGCUUUGUGCCAAGUGAAAAUAAGAAAGAUGUUCGGUCAAUCGAGCAAACACUAGCCGAUAUCCAAUCAAAGAAGCGUCAAAAAGUGAGCCAUACUCCAACACCAGAUACCACAGAAUAAAUGCAUCCAUCAGUAUCAUUAACUUGUGGUAUGACUGUUCAUUAUGUAGUAUGUAUCUUUAGAUGUCUUUAUUCAACCAAUUGUUCUGUAUUUUGUAGUGGUAUUCUGGCACAUCUAUUUGAAUAUUACCAUAACACAAAAAGGCUUUAUAAAAAUUCCUCCAGCAUAUAAUAUCAAGAGAUACCUUACUUUAGAAGGCAUACAACUUUAUGUUGAAUUUAACACAUCACAAUGAAAAUAUGUGUUUGCAAAGAUUUAUGAAGUAGAUGGAAGAGUAAAAAUUAAAGAUAGAAUUAACUGAACAAGCAGAAAGCAAAUUUUCAGUUGAUGGUUCUUUUAAGGAAUCAUUAUUCAAGCUGUAAAUGCAAAUGGUACUAUAUCAGUAUUCACCCUGCACUGAGUUCUGAUCUCAGAAAUGGAUUUCUGUAUCCUGGCUAGCCAUACCAAGUAAAGCAUUAGAAAACAGAAAUUUUAUAAUAAAUUCAGAUACGUUUGCACACAGAGAUAUUUCUGCUCACAGGCAUCUUGGAAUUUUCUACAUAAUUUGUAUGUAACAAUGUGGAUUUAUGGGUUUAUUAGCUAUAUGCAGCUCACUUCUUGCAUCUUGAUUUUCUACAUGUAAUUUGUUGAAAUUUUAGUUUCUAGGAUUGUACUGGCAAAUCUUAUUCUAUCAAGUGAAAAGAACAAGCAUUACUUAGUACUGUAUUGUGCUCAUCAGAAACCCAGCAAAUUAAAAUAUAAUAAUUCUUUUGUCACGUUAUAAAUAACAUUACUUCAUAUAGUUAAGGGUGUUUUACCAUAAUAUGCAAACACUGUUCUUCCUAAUAUUUAUGAAUAAAUUAAAUAAGGUUUUAAAAGAA